GAGUUAUUUAGCGAAUUACGCGAACAGCACCUUAAUCCAACUUCCUCUUUUUUCCCUUUGUCUGUUGUCAGUCAAGUAAAAAUGACUGAAAAUCCAAACCCAUUCCAAGCUUUGUUCCAAACAGUUGAAAGAGUCUCGAAUUGUGUCCAAACCCACCUUGCCAAUUUCACCAGACAGGCUCGUCAUUCAUCAGCCACCAAGAAAGCCCCUUCCAUCUCUCUCUCAUCAUCAAAUAUAAACGCUGAGUCCCCUCCCACCACUACCCAUCCCCUCGUCAAGAAGUCUGCUGCACCGGUGACUAAAGAAGAACUUGGAAGAGCUACUUGGACUUUUCUUCACACUCUUACUGCUCAGUAUCCUGAAAAUCCCACAAGGCAGCAAAAGAAGGAUGUAAAAGAGCUGAUGUCAAUAUUAUCCCGAAUGUACCCCUGCAAGGAAUGUGCAGAUCACUUUAAAGAAGUUUUGAGAGCAAACCCUGUACAGGCUGGAUCUCAUGAUGAGUUUUCUCAGUGGCUCUGUCACGUGCACAAUGUUGUUAACAGAAGCCUUGGUAAACCGGUAUAUCCAUGUGAGCGGGUGGAUGCAAGGUGGGGGAAGCUAGAUUGCGAGCAGCGCACCUGUGAUUUACAAGGAACUACAACGAACCAUAGUGGAUUCUGAGUAGACAUAUUAAAAGAGCAGUCAUUUGCCUGAACCCUGGAGUAUACUGAAAUUCAACAAUGAAUGGCGGUUAAUUUUGUAAUCUUUAUUUGUACAUUAACGUAAGUAACCAUGUGAUAUAAAAUCUCAUUCAUUUCACCUGUUGGUUGAAGCUCGUCCAAAGCCUCUUUUAGACCAAUACUUUGGUGGAUUUGAAUUGUGAGGUACAAUAGAAGGCAGCAUGCAGUUAGAAUUUUCCAUGCGAGAGAUCUAUUAACUUUGACGAUUAUGCAAAUAGUUAGAAAAAUAUACAGCCAAAUCUCAAAUGUCUACGAAUCCUUGCUUGAUAGUGGAUUGUAUACUGCUAAAUGAAUU